AUGAACUUCCGCGGCUCGGGGAGGUACAUACCUCGCUACGACACGACGCCGCCACCAGAGAGCGAGAGCGAAGAGGACGUUGGUGAUCUGAACUUUGAUGAUGUGUUUGCACACGGUCACGAUCAGCAAAGACAGCAGCAGCAGCAGCACUACCAGAACAAUCAGCAUGGCCAACGACUUUUGCAGCAGCAGCACGGAAAUCAGCCUCGUGCACCUCCUACCCCAGCCGCAGACCCAGGACAUCAUGGAAUAGCUCCCGGCGGAUACCAAGCCAACGCAAAUACCAACCACGAGGAAGAGGAACAACUCAUCUUCGACUUGGACCUUGAAGACGACGCGAACGAUGACUACGUGUACAACGACCAUCACCGCCGCCGCCACGCCGCGCCACCUGUGGAGGACGGGCCUGGCGAGAACCUCCGACGCAGACAAGAAUAUAUUGAGGAAUUAUCUGCUGAGGUUGUUCGCCAACAGCGGUAUGUCAACCAUCUUCGCGAGAAGCUGCAGUUUGGUCCCUUUCCGGAGGCGGACGGUGGGAGAGAAGGGGUGAGGGGGGCAUUGGGGAUGGCACAGGAAGCUCUGAGGACGUUAAGGGAGGCUUUAAUGGACGCAGAGUUGGAAGGAGAGCAGAGGGGUGAUAGGCUGGAACGAGGAGACCGGCAUAGACUUGUUGGGGGAAGGUUAGUGGAGGAGGCAGGAGGUGAAAACAAUGGCCACGGCAGCGGAGAUGCGGUGGAGAGACGGAGAGGAAGAAGAAGGGCACGAAGAAGGCAACAAGGUCCUGACCCCGCUGCCCGCCGCCAGACCGAGCAGAACCUCGCACAACUCCGCGAGACAGAGAUGCAGAUGCGGUGGGCCGGCGCGACACCGGAAGACCUGCGGCAUGUGGUGGAGGAGAUCAAGUACCUGCAGGACGUGCUGGACGGACGGUACUUGACAUGGGGACGGGGCAAGAGUUUGUCACCAUCAUCCACCACUGCCUCCGCUUCGUCCACCUCUUCCUCUCCCGCAACAUCCGCAUCACCCAUCACGUCGCCUCCGCCAUCACCAUUCUCCGCAGCCAGCCCCAACCACCACCGCCGUCGCCACCGCCGCCGUCACCGCCAUCACCCCAAACCCAAACACGACCGCACGACAGGCUGCUACCACCCCUUCCCGGCCCUGUCCCAGCAGGACCCUCGCCUCCCGCCCCUCGGCGUCGCGCGCACCGAGCCCAUCGAGCUCCACGACGCCGAGGGCCCGCGCUACCUCGCGCUCGUCACGCUCGACAACCCGGACCCGGCGGCGCGCCGAGCCGAGGAGCAAGCCGUGGCGCAGGGGCGGCGGGCGUUUGCGCGCUACGAGGCCGGCUGGUUCACGGUGGUGCAGCGCGCGCUCGCCUGCCGCGCGCUGACGGUGCUGAGCGUCGGCCCGCGCGGCGCCAUCUGCGUCGUGCAGGAGGGCAGGCUCGACGUGCUGGGCGCCAUCUUGAAGGCGCACGAGGAGCCGUUUGGAGUCAAGAGUUGGACUUUUUUGGGCGUGGGCGUGGGAGGCGCGGAGGGGUUCGUGUUUUGUUUGCACAAACCGGAGGAGGAGGAGGGGGAAAAGAAGGAGGGUGGUGGUGGUGGUAGUGACGAUUUAGAAUGA